AUGAAUAUAGAUUACCAGUUAUCAUUUUUUUUUACCGUUUUAAACGUUACAACAGUUUUUGCAUUUGGUUUGCCACAAAUAAUAAGCUCGAAAACGCAUCAAAAUGUUUCCACGACCGAACUAUUCAAUUGUCUGUCAAACGUCACUCGGACGUAUUUUGACAGGCAGUCCAUUUAUUUGCAUUUCGACGAAUUUGGUACAGUCGAUUAUAUGGCCAAUGUCGAUUCGUUCACCGAAGCGGUGCAGAGCCCCAAAGUGAUCGUGCCGUAUUCAUCGUUUACUGACGAACAACAACUGAUGAAGGGUGUGUUCGCAUUUUUGGCCGAGGAUCUCUUGUACGUUAAACUCUUGAAUAUCACGCAACAAAGCUAUUUCUUAGCUGUAUGGACAAAGCAAAUGCACGUAAAUUACAUCAGACUAGUAUUCCGGGACUUUUGGACCUAUGGUAAGCACAUCAAUGUUGUGGGGCUCGUGAUGAUGGACGACGGCACCGUCAACGCGUACACAUACAAGCCCUUUUCAAAUUACGGGUGCAGUAAGCUGGGCCGGCCGUUCCUAUUAGACAACUGGCAGAACGGCCGGUUCCUGUGGGGAGUCGAUCUAUUCUCACAAAAACCGAAAACGGGUAACAUGCGUGGCUGCGAACUGAAAUGCGUCGGCAACGAACAUCCGCCUGAUUCAGUGAUGCGACACGACGGAAGUCGGUGGACUACAUCCGGCGUCGGUGGCAAGGUAUUGGAGAUCUUGGCCAAAUAUUUGAACUUUUCGCCAGUGAUUACGUCACCCAAAAGCAGUAAUGUAAACGAAAUGUACAGCUGGUACGAUAGCGCCGACGUACUCAACAACAUAUCGGUAAUGUUGAUCACUGAAGAGGCGGAUUUGGCCUUUGGCUGGUAUUCAUUUGCCACGCAUAAAUCUGAAUACAACACCAAAUUGGCCAGAACUACGAGUAUCGAUUGCCUCGGAUGGGCCGUGCCAUACCGGGCUGGGCCACCUCCAAAAUCAUGGACCAAUUACGUCAACGAGUUCGACAAAGUCGGCUGGCUGUUUAUUGGAUCCAUGUUUGUGGUCGUUGUCGGUCAGUACCUACAACCAAUGGCAUACCCAGGGCGAGUUUUGGGUAUUGUUACCAACCUCCCCUCCUAUAACUUCUUUUUUUGCUAUAGAUAAAAUAUAAGCUUUAAAAAGUUGUAGACCUUUAAAUCUAUUUUAACCCCGACUCUAUUGAUAAAUACUACUGCCUAAAACCAUUGAUUAAAUAUACUUAUAACAUAUUUAAAUAUUUAAUUAAUAAUACCAACAAUGCUUUAAUUAAAUUUACCGGUGAUAAUAUUUAAAAUAUAUAGGAAUUCUUAUAACACAUCGUAAAGUCUGGGUAGGUAAGUACUUAUUAAGAUACGUGACAAACAAGGUGAGCAUCCCCGACACAAACUCGCAUGAGCAUGCUGAAAAAUGUAUUCGUUCGUGUGGAAAUUGUACGUCGCACAUAUAUUCCAUGCGUGGUUAUUCAACCAAAUCCCGGAUUUCUCCCUAAGCCUUUUUUCAGAAGUAGAUUAACUCCGUAUGAGAACUAUUUAACAAUUUAAUUAAACAUUUUUUUUUUAUUUUAAUAAAGAAAUCAUAAGAAAUAUAUGUUUUUUAAGUCACGAAAUUAUUUGAUAUCCUGUAAAACAGUAUAAGUUAAGUUUUCAACAGCUAGAAAUAAUAUUUAUUUUCUUAGUAAAAUUUAUUAUCCAACAAUAAAUUCGUACAAAUUAUAUAGGUUUUAGAUUCUAAGUGUAGCGAAGAAUGUAUUGGUUUUACUAAGAUGUUUAUUUUUAUUUUAUCCUGUGUACAAAAAUUCGACCAUAAAUCUUAUUAUAUAUACGUGCGGCAUCAUUUCUGAAAGGGAAUGUUGUUUAGAUGGUACUUUUGGGAUAUCAUUUUUCCAAGCGAAACCAAGUUGAAACGUAAGAAAAACGGGAAAUGUACGAAAUUAAUGCUUUUAUUAUUCUGUCAAUUGAGUCAUUUGUUGUAAUUCAGUAAAAAUAUUCGUAGAGGCUUGAAUUUUAGAUAAAACUUAUAUUUGCCAUUUCUAGACGUAGAAAAAUUUUCAAAAAAUUAAAGCCAUUUUUGAACUAUUUAUAGACAUUUUAAUUUUGCAAAUUUUGUACGUAAUUAAUAUUCGGUAGAUACUUUGUAGUAAAAUUAUUAAACUUAAAAAAUUUCUUUAAAUUUUCUUUAAAAAAUUAAACUUAACAAGAAGUACAUUCAAUUUUAUUUUGUGAUAAAAAAAAAUUGAGUUUAAUGUAGUAUUUGUUUUUAUAAAGGAAUUUUGAUACUACAUUUUGACAAAAAUAGUUUGAGUAAAAAAUUAUGUGGAACAAAUCUAAUUUUUCAAUUUUUUUUUUUUUGCGAACAUAUGUAUAUUACCAAUUUAGAAAUAAUGGUAAAGUAAGAAAUGAGCGGACUGACUUAGUUUCGAAAUUACAGCAUUUUGAAGUUCAGAUAUUAUGCAAAUAUAUUACAUAUUUAUAUUAAAUAACUCAAGAUUAACACAAUGUUUGUUGUAGUCGAAUGAUUAUGCAUACGUAUUGUGAUACAAAUUCAGCUGGCUCAAACCCGGGUUCGUAAAGAGGUUUUAGCACUUUUUUUUAUCAUUUACCUAAAUAGGGAAAAAAUAAAUGGAUUUUAAGUGUAUCUAGAAACUUAGUUAUCACUCGCUCGGAUGAUUUUAAUCGAAAAAUACCCCUCGAUUUGUUGUGCAAACUUUUCUACCAGAAAUCUUGCUCCCAUGUAUCAAGUGUUGCUUAUUUUAUAGCUUUAUUAUAAAGAAAAUCAUAAAAUGUCUUUCUCCUUUACCAAAAAGAUUAAGAAUUUAAAAAAAAGGUUUCUCGGUGUUUUUCUUAUAGAGCAAUAUUUCUGGUAAAAAAUGAAAAGGGUGAAAAUUUAAAAUAAUGAAAUCGUAACAAUGUAAAUUUGUCAGUUUUUAUUUUUCGUCAUUUUCCGAUUUUUCUCAAUUAUUAUAAAAGCUAACAGAAAUAUAAAAAAAACAAAUACUUAUUCACGAACCAAAUUAAAAAUUCAACAAACGAAUUCUCCUGUCCUUUUUACAUUUGGAGCAAUAUUUAUCGUUUAUGGUAGAACCAGAAAGCGUAGGUAAGAAUUUAAAAUAAAUCGUUUUUUUAAUUUUUUUUUUGGUUUUUUCUAAUUAUUAUAAAAAAAUACUUUAGAUAUCAAAAACCAAAUCUUUCUGUCAGUGGCUAUGUGUUAAAAGGAACAAAAUCGAUCUUUUGUCAUUUUUCGUUUGGAGCAAUAUUUCUGGUAGAAAACAUCGUGAACAAAAAUUAAAACCAUUGAAAACUGUAACGUCACGACGUUAAUUCAAUGUAGUGAGAUAUUUGCCAUUUUAAUUAUUAUUUUCUUUCGGAUUUUUCCCAAUUAUUUUGAAAACUUCUUGGAAAAUUAAAAAAUGACCUCUUUAUUGACUAAAAAAAAUUCCCUUGCAGAAAAAGUGCAUUUGCAUAUCGAAGCCUGUUGUUGAUCUAUAGUAAUACCUGUAUUAACAUCAAUCAUCAUAGUCAUACACGUAAUAAAAUUGUUCGUUUUACAGGCGUAUUUUAUUUCUUCCGUAAACUGAAAAAACUGCACGGAGUAGACUCGGUGGUAUUUUUUGUCUACCACAUGACCAUUGACCAACCGACUCGCGUGCAACCCAUCUGGUGCAGUCUCCGGACUUUCACGAUCCAUUGGCUGUGGUACUGCAUGGUGAUCAACGUAGCGUAUAAAGCGUCUUUAGGCAGUUUCAUGACGGUGCCACCACACGGGAUCGAAUUCACUCGCAUGGACCAGAUUCUGAAUUCGCAGCUGAUUACAAUGGCAAGUCCUCAGUCCUUACAGAUAAUCAACGGAACGACAACCACUACCAGGAUAUCGCGGACAUUCAUGAAUCGUUUGCAACAGUUGCCGCCCACCAACUUUGAACACAUAAUCGACCGGCUGGUGAUAAAACGAGACAUUGCACUAUUCGAGGUAAAACGAUUUAUGUACUAUUAUUCUAAACCGCAAGCCAAACGUAUCAAGGUCAAAAUACCCAUACGCUUCCUGCCCGGUUGCCUGCUGCGCACACACACAACCCAAUUCAUGUUAAACGGCGGUUCGUACCUAACUGACUCGGUGGACGCUUUACUCAGCACGCUGUUCGAAACUGGUAUCGUCGACCAUUGGAUCACGCAUCUUGGCUCCAACAAGGUACUGCCGCUGGAAAAAAUCCGUGGUAGGGUUUUGAAGUUUGUUCGGCUCAAGGAAGCGUUCCUGUUUCUGUUCUUCAGCUACGGUAUCGCGUUUGUCGUGCUUGUCGGUGAGAUAUGCUGGUCGAAAAGGAUCGACCGCCGUUUGUUACAACUUUUAUCUAUUCGACGUAGCAGAACCGAUUGCACUGAUAACACAAGCAUUACAACACCGUGCCGUGGACCCGACCAAUCGCGACAUUACCAAUCCAAGUCCUCGCGAAAGACAUUACCAUUCGUACACUAA